CCAGGUAAGUCAAAGACCAGACACCAGACCACUUCACUCCACGUCCAAAUGGCGAUGACUCUCGAAGAAGUGCUCUCCAAGCAGGCUGCCGACCUAGCCGCCAUCUCGCCGGCGCCGGUGAGGAAGGCCGUGGAUGCACUGGCGCGCAGCAGCCACGCCCGCGCUGCCGCCGAUGCCCUGGUCUACCUCUCUGUGGGCACGACCUGCACGAUGUUCGCGGCCGCCUUCCUCACCAUCUUCGCGGACCUGGCCUGCGCCCGCGGCUGGGGCUGCACCCCGGCCUAUAUCCUGUCCGAGAUAGCAGACUAUCUAUCCACACCUGUCCUGCUUCUCCUGCCGCCGGCGCUCGUGCUCUUCUUCCUCCGCGCCGCCGGCUGCAGGACCAAGGCGGCGGCGGACGCGGAGAGCCUCAUCGUGAAGAAUGACGAGGAGCCAACCCUUCUGUCGCCGUCGCCGCUGGCCUUGGCAAUUCUUUGGCUUUUCAUUGGGUCGGCAUCGAUGGGAACCAUCUCUUUCCUUCUUUUUAAGUGUGGACAUACAGAGAUCUCCGACCUUCUCGGCUACGCGGCUCUCUUGUGCACGUUCAUGUGGGAAGCCCUCGUCUAUGUCCGCGCUGCAGUGGCGCUGUGGAGGAUGAAUCCCGGGCCAAGCAACAUGGUGGCUGCAGAGUAGCCCUUGCGCCGGAUCAUCGACUUACUAAGGUGCGCAGGAUUUCAAGCCGAAAGCUCCAAGGUGAUGGAGAGUGCUACGCAGUGCAGGAGCGCUGCUGUUUGCCUGUUUCCUACAUCCUUUGAUGCUGUUCUGAAUAAAGAGCGAUGCCGUGUGAUGUGUAGUGAUCUACUAGUACAAUACUAGCUAGUAGUAUGAAGCUUGCUUCAGUUGAUGCUAGUUCAGCGCUGCGCUGAUGCAGUGACUGCAGUGCUAUGGUAGCUUUGGUUGGUGGUUACUCUGAACCGGACCUAUAUCUAACAUAAUGAUUUGUGCCGCUGCAAUUUA